AUGCCAACGAACGUAACUCGUACAGGCAUGGUAUAUGAGAUGGAAAACAAUAGUAUUAAAGUGAGACGACGAAUUAAGGAUGGCCGGGUACAUAUUAAUCAGCUUAUCCUCGCUGCCGGUAUAACCCGUUCUAAAAUACGGAGAAUUUUGAGCAUAAGCGGAAUUCCUACUAUAGGUAGCAAAUAUGGUGGGACUUGGGUUGAGAUUAAGAAAGCUCGAGACAUUUGCGAGACAUUUGAAGUUGCAGAAGUCUUCCAACCUCUAUUCAAAUCCGACUUAGGUCAGCUUAAAAGAAUAGUGGGCGGGAAGCUGCUCUCAGAAGAGGUAUUAGAAUCCCAAUCCGAUUCAGUCGAACUUCACAGAACUCCACUAGCUAUCGAUAUCGACGGACUUAUCAAACAAGCCCAAAGCCAGCGUCAUUAA